CGCUCACAGUGGUCCAAGGGAUCGCUCAGGUAGUUUGUGUGUUCGCUCAGACACAUGAAAAAUUAGAGGGAACAUUGCCGGUGCGUGAAGGAGGAGAAGAGGUGUUGUAUAGCCAAGCCAAGUUUUCACAGUUAUCUCAUCACACCAAACUGACAUGACAAUGACCGAAUCAUAACUAUUUCAAGUGACUGCCUCAUAAAGCUCAUCGAGUGAAUGCCAAGAGUACGCAAAGCAAUAAUUGUUUACUACAUAAUUCCAUAUGUGUUCAUUGAUAGUUUUGAUGCCUUCAGUCAGAAUCUACAAUGCAAAUAGUCACGAAAAUAAAGAAAAAAUAUUAAAUGAGAAGGCGUGUCCAAACUCUAGUACUCUAUCAUGUCAUAAAUAAUGUUAGGAUAUUCUAGCUUUGAGCACGGCCAAAUGUUGAACAUACUGUCAGCCCUUUUCUACUGACUGUAAACUAGUAGGCAGUUUAACACACACAGUCAAAUUCUAUUAAUCCAGCAUCAUGUUUCUUUAUGUCAUAAAUGGGCAGUGUUGGGUGACAUCUACCCCUAAAAAAGCAAAGAAGAGGAAGAUGGCGUGAGAAAUUAAAGUUAGCCUCAGAACAGGAACAUUACAAACAAAAAGGAUGACGUACUGACAAGUAUGAAAAAACUGUACAGCCUGAAUAGUUGCUGUGAGGCCUUAGUGAGCAAAGACUUGUGACUGCAUAAAUAAAAUGAAAUUAAAAGAUAUUUUAAUUAUUUACAAUACUACAGAAUGCAAAGUCUAAAAAGGCAACAAACAUAUAACUAAUCAACAUUAAAGUCUGAAGCAGAAUUAUUAUUGUUUACCACAAAUGCAUCAUGUAGCACACUUUUGCUACAUAAUAUCUGUAUGUAUCUGUAUAUAAUAGUGUGUUUCCAAGCUUUAUAAAAGAAACUUAUUUUUUAGUAGUAAUAAUUAUAUAUUUGCAUAUACAUUCAUCUGUAAAAACAUUUUUUCAAGAUGCUGACUGACCUGUUUCAUUUGGCAAAAGUUUAGGAUUAAUUAUUAUUAUUUGUACUUUGUGUUUAAAGAUAAAAAAUAUAAGCCACAAUUUAUCCCAUGCUUAUUUUGUUAUUCAAACAGAUUUCUGUAAUGGAUCUUUUCUUUUUAAAAGAGGAACCAUUCCCAGUCCUUCACACAUUAAUUCUAUUUUAUUGAAAGCUAAAAAGAGGAAGAACAACUGAUGUCACUUGUUUUCCACCUCUCAGUAUAUGAGAAGAUAACCAGAACUUCAGUAAACCUGACACCAACGUUUUCACACAUUCUCUUUAGAGGCUGAUUGACAGGACAGAACAAACGGACUGCAGUCUGUUCAGAGUAAAACACACACAUUUGGUUUUGAGGGAAAAAGUUUGACAGCUGCUGAUUGGAUCAACAGUGAGGAGACAUGGAAGCUGUAGUUGGACUGUUGUUGAUGAUGUGCAGAGUGUCUCAUGGUGUGGAAACUUACUGUGAUGGCAGACAGGAUGGAGCUCAGUGUUAUGGAGCUUUGGGAGGAACUGUGAACAUCCAGCUGAUGGACAACACCUCAGAAAUACCUCGAUACCAAUUGUCAAAGAAUUCAUUAAAAAUACUAGAUGUGAAAAAGAAAAAUGUUAUUACUAAAAUCAAAGAACAGAGAUGUCUAAUUUUUCCAGGUAAUGGAACAUUUAGGCUCAGUAAUCUGAAAAGGAAUGACAGUGGUAGUUAUACCCUUCAAACCUUUAAUUCAGAUGGAAGAACAUCAGGCGAGUGGACUUUACAGUUGUUUAUUCAAGCUCCUGUGUCCUCUGUCCUGCUGGUCUCUGAGUGUCUGUCCCAGGGAGAGAGGAGGGUGUCCUGCUCCUCUGAGGGAGGGGACAGUCCUCAGUACAGCUGGACUCUGGAUGGACGCACACUGACAGAUGCUGAGCUUUCUGUAAACAAUGAAAGUAACAACAUCACUCUGAAACAGCACGUCUCAGGACGUCUGGUCUGCUCAGUCAGGAACAACGUCAGUAAUGUCUCCAAAGAACAGAAGAUAUCUACCUGUGGAGCAGGUCUUUUGCCACUGCUUUUUUUGCCAGUGAUCGGUGGUGUCAUCUCAGCGGUGGUCAUUUUCUUAUUUGUCGGUGUAGCGGUCAUCUGUGCUCAGAGAAGAAAACCAAACAAUAAGUCCACAAAACACAAAGUAGUACAAAAUGACUAUGAAGAAAUGAUGUCAUUGUCAUGUAGCAGCAGAGGAAGCAAGUGGAGAAAAGAGGGUCGGUGAAGUAACCAAGUAAAGGUUUCGCCUUUUUCCUAUCAGAGAAAUACACAUCAUCAAAUCUCGUGAAUAUUGUCUUCUUUUGUUGUUGUUGCUUUCUCUGAGCUUUUUUUUAUUAUAACAGGGGAAAAAUUCCCCCAGUCUUAGAUUGUCUCUAGGUUUAAUUAAAAGCACUGUGUUACACAAAUACUGUGAAUGUUUUCUGUACUUGUCUUCUCUUGAAGCUCUGAUACAAUAAAGGUUUUUGAGUCAUUGUA